GCAGUGCUGUUUGGGUAGCAUCUUUGGUUACUGUUGCUAGGGCAGCGGUGUCUGCAAGGAGGUGGGAGCAGGAAGUUUUAGGUGGUCCCGACUCGGAAAGGUCAAGGGUCAGUGCGGAGUCUCCGCUGGUGAUGGUGAAGCAGACGAUCCAGAUUUUCGCUAGGGUGAAGCCAUCGGUGCGGAAGCAGCAGCAAGGGAUUUACUCCAUAGAUGAAGAUGAAAAAUUAACACAUAGCUUGGAAAUUGUUUUACCCCGAGACCUGGCAGAUGGAUUUGUAAACAAUAAACGAGAGAGCUACAAGUUUAAGUUUCAAAGGAUUUUUGACCAAGAGGCUAAGCAAGAGAUCAUUUUCGAGAACAUUGCCAAACCAGUCGCCGAGAGUACCUUGGCAGGUUACAAUGGCACCAUCUUCGCAUAUGGGCAGACGGGCAGUGGCAAGACGUUCACCAUCACAGGUGGGGCAGAACGCUACAGUGACAGAGGCAUCAUCCCAAGGACCCUGUCAUAUAUUUUUGAGCAGUUGCAAAAGGACAGCAGCAAUAUCUACACGACACACAUUUCUUACUUGGAAAUCUACAAUGAAUGUGGCUAUGACCUGCUGGAUCCAAGACACGAAGCCUCCAAGCUGGAAGACCUGCCGAAAGUGACAAUAUUGGAGGACCCUGACCAGAACAUACACCUGAAAAACCUGUCUCUUCAUCAGGCAACAACUGAGGAGGAAGCUUUGAACCUGCUCUUCUUGGGGGACACCAACAGGAUGAUCGCUGAGACUCCUAUGAAUCAAGCUUCAACCCGAUCACACUGUAUUUUCACUGUGCACUUGAGCAGCAAGGAGCCAGGGUCUGCUACCGUCCGACAUGCUAAGCUCCAUCUGGUUGACCUGGCAGGGUCAGAGCGUGUCUCGAAGACUGGAGUUGGGGGCCUGCUUCUGACAGAGGCCAAAUACAUCAACUUAUCUCUACACUACCUCGAGCAGGUCAUCAUCGCCCUUUCGGAAAAGCACCGUACACACAUCCCUUACCGGAACUCCAUGAUGACCAGCGUGCUCCGGGACAGCCUGGGAGGGAACUGCAUGACCACUAUGAUUGCAACUCUGUCUCUAGAGAAGAGAAACAUCGAUGAGUCUAUCUCCACCUGCAGGUUUGCUCAGCGAGUGGCCCUAAUCAAAAACGAAGCCAUCCUCAAUGAGGAGAUUGAUCCCAGACUGAUGAUUGUCCGCUUGCAAAAGGAGAUUGCAGACCUGAAGGCAGAGCUGGCCAUGGCCACAGGGGAGCAGAGGACCGAGGCCCUCACGGAAGCAGAGCUCCUUCAGUUGGAAAAACUAAUAGCAUCCUAUUUGGAGGACCAAGAUCCAGAGAGUAGACUGGAAGUUGGCGCUGAUAUGCGUAAAAUCCAUCACUGUUUUCAUCAUUUUAAGAAACUGUUGAAUGACAAGAAGGCCCUAGAGAAUACUGUCUCCUCUGAAGUCACACAGCAAGCAUGCCAAGAACCAUUGAAAGAUGAAGAGUAUACCAAGCUUCUAGGGCUACUCAAGCAGAGGGACAAUGAGAUCAAUAUUCUGGUCAAUAUGUUAAAAAAGGAAAAGAAGAAAACUCAGGACGCCCUCCAGUACUCAAGCACAGAGAAAAGUGAAGCCGGGCCACCGCAGAACUCAACCUGCAUUGCUGGGAGCCCAGCAGAUCAGAGGACCUCAUUCUCCUCAGCUCCGAGCCAGACCCAGGACCUCAGCACCUACAAGCACAGAUCCACCUUGCUCCACAAAAAAGCAGGGAUGAGAGAGGAGAUGUCACUGGGACGCCAGGAGGCUUUUGAGAUUUUCAAGAGGGACCACGCUGACAGUGUCACCCUCGAGGACAACAAACAGACUCUGAAGCAGAGAUUUUCUGAAGCAAAAGCUCUGGGAGAAAGUAUAAAUGAAGCAAGAAGUAAAAUUGGUCAGCUAAAAGAUGCCAUCAACCAGCGGCACCUACAGCAAGUAGCUCUUGGAAUCUCAGAGAACAUGGUCCCACCCUCCAUGCCUGACCCUCAGGAGGAGAGACUGCGAGCACAGCUGGAGGAGGAAAAAGGCAGGUACAAAACGACAUUUAUGCGCCUGAAAGCCCUGAAGGUGGAGAUUGAGCAUCUGCAGCUGCUCAUGGACAAAGCCAAGGUCAAGCUGCAGAAAGAGUUCGAGGCCUGGUGGGCAGAGGAGGCCACCUGCCUGCAGGUGAACUCCCCGACCUCGAACCUCCAGGACGCUGAGAAGCCAUUUCCCAGGCAGGACGAGACAAAGCUUCUUUCCAAGAAAAGUUCUCGAGACUUGGAAGUUGAAAAUGGAGCUGGCAGGCUGGAUGUCUGUGAUAGGAAUGCCAGAAGAAUCCUUCCCUCGCCUUGCCCCCCUUGCCCCAAUCAACACAGCCAAGAGCCCAGUGGCUCCAGGGCUCCAGUGCAAGAUAGGCCCAUAUCAUCCAUCCCUCUCACUGGAGACAGACAGACAGACUCCGACAUCCUAGCAUUCAUCAAGGCCAGACAGAGCAUUCUACAGAAGAAAUGCCUGGGAAGCAACUGACUUUCUGAUGGGUGUCCAACCCUGUCCUGCUGACAGAAUGGCCAAUGAGACAAUGAAGAGCCUGCCCCUCACUGGUGACCUCAGAUACCCUAGGGAGGCCAGAGGAGGAGAACUACUGAGAGGAUGGUGUCUGGGCGAGCACCAGAGAGGGCAUGCACGGCUGGUGGGAGGUCCUGACAGAGUUGCUGGCAGGGUGGGCACUACCAAGAAGCUGCAGGUAAGCCAGGGCUGCAGCUCACUGACAUGCUUUGGAGAGCCCUGGAGAUGGUGCAGUACAUCAUCAUAAUGGGGCGGGGUACAUUCCAGGCAGUGCAACCGAGGAGGAUGAUAAUCCAUUAUUUAUUUAUAACUAUUUGCCAGCCAUCACCAAAGUCUACCCCUGGCUUACAAGCCCAGAAAUGGCCUUGGCAAGCCAGGCAGGCCUUCCAAGCCCUAGAUAAGAAUGCAGGGCACCUCCAAUGCCACCGUGCCAGCACAAACCUCCUGGGAGCUAUGUACCCUGCAGUCUGAAGGCCUCGCAUUACCAGAGAACAGUGGGAAGCUACUCAGAGUUCUGCAGCUGUCAGUUCCCUGAGCCAUCACCCCACCACAUUGCAUGGGGCUCUACAAAAUUAAGGCCCAAACCCCCUGUCCCACAGGGGAACAUAGCUGCCCGAUGAUCUUGCCUCAGUGAACCUCCCAGCAUCCUGCAACCUGGCCCUGUGUCUUGGACUAAGUAGACACAAACGGGAGGGGAGCACAGUCAGCAGAUACCUGUGUUGGGGUCCCAACCCAACUAUUGUUGGGGAGAAAUGGAGGGGCAGAGAGAAAUAGGUGCCCAGAAAUAAUUACAUCUGAAUAAAAAAUGUCUAACAAAUG